CCGCGCUGCCCCGGGACCUCCGGCGACCCAGGCGCCUGCGCAGGCUCCUUGUUCCCAGGACGGCCUCCGCAACUGGGACCCCUGGGCCCCCGACCGCGCGAGCCCACGGCCGUUGGGCCACCCCGCGACCAUCGGCUCCCAAGGGCGGCGCCAUGCGGGCUGGGCCAGCGGUCCUCCUCCUCAGCCUGGGCCUGGGCCUGGGCCUGGGCGGCCUGCCACCGGCUCCAGCUCCGGCUCCGCGCCAGUCCAGCACCGCCGGCCCCGGGUGGCCGGCCCCGCCAUGCGGCCACUUCCACGGAGGCGCCCUCCGCGGACGCCACGCCCGCCUCAGCCUGCCACGCCUCCCGGCCCCGGGGGGCGGCGCCCUCCUGAGCCGCAGCCGCGGCCUCUGCUUCUCCGGUGCCCCGCGGCGCGCGGCCGCGCCUGGCUGGUACCGCCUCAGCGUGCGGGUCCGGCGCCGCACCCGUCGCUGCCUGCCGGGACUCGCGGCGCCGCCGCCCGUCGCCCUGCACCUGGCAGCACCCGGGGGCCGCCUGGCCCUGGCCUGGUUCCUGCUGCUGCCGCUGCCCCUGAGGCGCCCGCUGGGGCCCCUGGCCUGGACCUUCCAGCUGGGGCUGCUGGGGCCUGGGGACGCCCGCCCGGCCCGCCACGCCGCCCGGGCCCAGCGCUUAAAGCCUCGCUCGGUCCUGCCUGCGCUCCCGCGCGCCCACACCGGCUUUGUGGCGCAAACGCGGUAUCCCACAGAUGGGCCGGUGCCUGUUGUCUUGCAAGCCGUGAAUUCGUCCAGCCAAGUCAUAGUGCAGUCUUCCUGUCCGAUGGAUUUCUGCGUAAUCUAUCAGUGCCCACUGCCUGGGUAUGUACCAGAUCCAGAGUGACUGGAGAGAAGAUUACUGUAGCCUCGGUGAGAGGACCACCUGGCAGAGAGUGCACUGUGUCUGCAAGAAAAUGGGGAGGAUCAAGCGGCACCUGAGGAUAAGUGAGCUAG